AUGGCCGGAAAGCGUCUGGUCUCUCGACAGUGCCAAUAUUCUGGGCGCGGCAUCCUUUCCGCGCUCGAGACAGGCACGCUCGCGCCCCUCGUCUUCGUCGACCUCUCACCGUGCCAGCUCCAAUUGGCCACCGGCGUGCGCCCCACCGUCCGGCGCGUCAUCGUCGACUUCGCCGCCGCCGCCGCCGCCAGGGGGCUCAGGAACAGGACGCUCUCCGCCCGUAGGCCGGUAGUACCGCACGCGGAUGUGGGCUGGAACUUCGAGACCGCGGACGCGCUGCCGGCGGGACAGGAGAUGGCUCACGAGAUCCAGAAGCUCCCGUUCAGCCUUCUGGUGAAAGUGAUGGCUUUCUCGGAUGACGACACAGUUUCCUGCCUCAUGAAGACCAGCAAAUACCUCCACCACCAUGGCGCUCGGUUCCUCUUGGACUACGGCCUCAUCACUCUCAGCACGGAUGAGGAUCUUCGUUCAAUCAUAAACUUCCUUUGCGUUCAAGGCGGAUAUCGUCUUCGCUACCUCGAAGGGCUGGAAUUCGACGUGCCAUCGUUGAAGUCGGACUACGCCAAGCUGCUCGAGAGGUUAUUGGGCGAGUUCACAGCCCAGAUCCGCCUCAAGACGCUGCAUAUUCAGUGCAUGUCCCUACUUCAGCCGGGUACCUCAGCGGAGUCGCCCGAUCAGGUCGCCUCGGGUAGUCUGGAGGAGUCGUCCGAUCAGACCGGGGUGCGGGCGGGGAAUAACAUGAGGGAGGCUUGA